AUGCCAGCAGACUCGACAGUUCUCCGCGAUAUCGGCUUCAAGCAGCUGAGUCAAGGAGUAUUUCUUUUUUCGCCAUCCCAGGAAGGCACUCCGACUGAAAAAUCCAACUCGACACAUUCAAGUCCAGAUGUAAUCAUUCUCUGCGCUUGGGGAUUCGCUCAAGCAAAACACAUUGCAAAAUACAUCAACGGACACCAAUCUCUCUAUCCAACUACCAAAAUUCUACUCAUAUACAACUCCGUCACAAAUAUGAUGUGGAAGUCAGACGCUUCCCAGAUGCAAUGGUUCCAGCCUGCCGCCACAGUUCUCCGAGAAUGCAUGGACUCAACACCGGACCUGAAAGUUUUCCUUCAUUUAUUCUCCAACACUGGCUCUCAUUCCGCAGUCCAGCUUUCCGAAGCCUGUGGAAAUAGUGAUCCACCAUUCGCGCUUCCCGUUACAUCAAUUAUAUUCGACUCUUGUCCUAGCAUGCCCAUCUUUGCGCCAAUGGCCAACGCACUCGCGCUAGGCUCGCCCUCUAAAAACAUACUGAUCGCUUCUAUGGCGAGAGCCGUGGCAUAUAGUAUUAUCGGGAUAACGCUUGCUCUCGAGAAAGCAGGUCUUGUGACUCACGUAGCCACCAAACUUUACACUCGGUUGAACUCCACAAAUGAUGUGUUUCUUACGCGAAGGGGUUAUGUUGGAGAACAGGCUGCUGUAUACCUGGUUCCAAGGACUUAUAUAUACGGUCCUGACGAUGACAUGAUCCCUGUGGAUCAAGUGAUCCAGCAUGCAGAUAUUGCAAUAGCGAACAUGUCAGCGUGUGGAGUCGACCAUGCAUCCAAGUAUGUGAUGACGGAGGAGUUCGUGGGAAGUCCACACGUGAAUCAUGUCAGAUUCGAGAAGGAACGGUAUUGGAACAUCAUCAAAGAGACAUGGAAGAGGAGUGUUGCAAGUCCUCAGGAGAAGAUACUUGUGAGUAUUAGCGCUUGA